CUCUAGUCUAAUAACACAAAACAUUUUCUUAAUAUAUGUACAAAUAUCUGAUGUAAUGUCGUAAACGAUGAAAGUGUCCAAAUUGGGCACGUUUAUCACAAAACGACAAUGUUUAUCCAUAAAAACACGUGCAAACCGCGACAGGCACUCUCAGACCUCAGUACAUCAUUAAAUCGAGUCCCCGACGUUUUCUUUGCUCCUACUGCGUCGGCCGAUCAAUACCAGUUAAGAGUUGACACAUGGCCAUGGGUGAGGAGGAACCAGUUAAUCUGAAUGAAUAUCAACAACUGGCAAGACAAGCGCUUCCAAAGAUGUAUUACGACUACUUUACUGGGGGAUCCGAGGAUCAACACACACUCAGAGAAAAUACCGCAGCAUUUAAGCGGAUCACUUUUCGGCCAAGAAUUCUUGUGGACGUGAGCAAAAUAGAUAUGUCAACAACCAUAUUAGGUUACAAAACUUCAGCACCCAUUAUGAUUGCCCCAACAGCUAUGCAUAAAUUAGCACAUCCUCAAGGAGAGGUCUUGACAGCAAAAGCAGCAGGAGCUUGUAAUGUGAUAAUGGGGUUAUCUUUCAUGUCUACGUGCACAAUUGAGGAGGUUGCUUCUAGUUGCAAUGCUAUCAGAUUCUUUCAGUUAUAUGUUUACAAGAGACGCGAGAUAUCUGCUUUGAUGGUGAAAAGAGCAGAAGCAAAUGGAUUCAAGGCUAUUCUUCUUACUGCUGAUACUCCUAAACUUGGUCGUAGGGAAGCAGACAUAAAAAACAAGUAAAAUUCAUCCCAAAUUAC